AUGGUUUUUAAUCAAAAUGGAUCGAUUACCCCGAGGAAUAAACUCCAUUAUCCUGGGAACAGUUUAUCACCCCCCCAAAGCGAUGACCACGCGCUUCGAACGCAUAUCUUCAAAUGUUUAGAUUCCUCACUGGCCAACUAUCCUAAUUCCGCUGUCCUGGUUCUCGGAGAUUUUAACCAAUUUAAGCCAGGAAAUCUGUGCAAUUCCUUUAGAUUGAAAACUCUGGUCACCAAGCCUACCAGGGGAAGUAAUAUCCUUGAUCAAGCAUUUUCAACUUUAUCGGCUUACUACGAUGCUACCAUCCUGCCACCUAUUGGCCAAUCUGAUCAUUCUAGCAUAUUACUUCAACCCACUUCACCACAUGCUCCAAGCAUACCCACCACACGACUCCAAAAGCGUGAUUAUCGUGUUUCCAACAAACGAAACUUGAUAUCCUGCCUGGACUCGGUCAAUUGGACACCGCUCAUGAGGCUAAAUUCAUGUGACGAUCAACUGGAUUUGUUCCAGUCUGUGGUUCAUGGUGCUUUGAAUUCAUGUAUUCCCAUGCGUACUGUUAAACUCCAUCCCAACGAUAAACCAUGGAUUACUCCCGCUAUUAAAGAAUCCAUUAAGAAACGUCAACAAGCUUGGUUGAAUAAUGACCUUCCCAAAUUUAAUGUUUAUCGCAAUAAAGUGAUAAAACUCUGUAAAAGUGCACGUCGAAGAUUCUAUAACGACAAAAUCAAUCACAUGAACCAGAGCAAUCCUAAAAAGUGGUGGGACGGUAUCAAGCAGUUGUCAGGAAUGUCCAACCCCCCUCCGUUUAAUAGCCUAGCCAUAAACGGCACCGUCUUGAGAGACUUUGAACUUGCCACCGUCAUUAAUGAAUCCUUCUGCAGUGCUGCUGCUGAUAUACCGCAUUUAAAUUUCACUCCAGUACCCGUUUCCAAUGUUCCUGAUAGAUACGUCAUUACGUGUGAUGCUGUUGAACUUGCAUUGGCAGGUGUUAACGAUCGUAAGUCUGUAGGACCUGAUGAGAUCCCCAAUUGGAUCCUGAAAACAUGUGCCGCAAAUAUUAGCUACCCUGUAUGCUCCAUGUUUAACUCUUCCAUUAGAGAAGGUCGUGUACCUGAUCUGUGGAAAUGCGCGGAUGUUCUCCCUUUAAGCAAGAUCCCUACACCGAAAUCUAUUGAUACGGACCUUAGACCUAUAUCCCUCACGGCAGUACUGAGCAAGAUCCUUGAGUCUUUCGUGUUCAAUUGGCUUGCACCCUUUGUUAUGCCAUUCAUUGAUCCCCUCCAGUUUGGCUGUGUGAAAAAGUCCUCAACGACUCACGCCCUCGUGCACCUAAUCCACCAUUGGCUUUCGGCCCUGGAAACACCUAAUACCAUUAUUCGAUCCUGCUUUAUUGAUUUUUCCAAAGCGUUUGAUCGAAUUGACCAUAACAUUCUAAUGCGCAAAUUACAACUCCUCAACGUUCCACCCGUGUUAUUAAACUGGUGUUCAAGUUUCCUUCAAGGCAGACAACAGCGCGUUAAAUUAAAAUCUUGUAAAUCUGAUUGGAAAGAAAUCAAUGCUGGAGUUCCGCAAGGCACAAAAUUGGGGCCUUUGUUCUUUCUUAUAAUGGUCAAUGAUCUAUCCAGUGAACUACCACUGUACAAGUACGUUGAUGAUUGUGCUAUUUCUGAAGUUGUUAGAGUAUGUGAACCGGCUUUUCCAAAAUUACAGCAAGAACUCGAUAAGGUGUCUCAGUGGUCGAAUGUGAACAACAUGAAAUUAAACGUAAAAAAACUAAAGAUUUCACCGUGUCCUUCUUGAUCAAUCAACCCCCGGCACAACCCUUGCUUGUCAAUAACCUACCUCUGGAGGCUGUGAACUCUAUCAAACUCCUGGGAGUAAAUUUAACCUCCGAUCUCAAGUGGACCACACACAUCAGGCACAUAUCCUCUAAAGCAAGCAAACGCCUGUAUGCCUUAAGGCUAUUAAGAAGAAAUGGUGUCCAACCUAGUGAUCUUAAGGCGGUAUAUUGUAGUUUCAUCAGACCUGUCCUGGAAUAUGCAUGUCCAGUUUGGCAUACCUCACUACCUAAUUUCCUCACCGUUGAAUUGGAACAUAUUCAGCAACGUGCGUUCAAAAUUAUUUUUCCCCAUUUGUCCUACACCGAAAGCCUUAAAGACCUGAAUUUACCUACCUUAGAAGCGAGAAGGGAACGGUUAUGCAGAACCUUUUAUAAAAAUAAUUAUAAUGACCCUUCGGGUAAAAUUUCUAGUCUAUUACCCAAACUUUUAACCCAUGAGUACGAUCUCAGACAUCCUCGAUCGAUCUCUCUUUUUAAAUGUCGAACGAAACGCUAUAAUGAUAGCUUUUUGCCGUAUUGCAUACGUAAAUGGAACUCAUUUUAAUAUUUUAAUAUUUUAGAACCUAAUGUUAGCAUAUCUUUUUGUAGUUAUGGUAUUAACAUGUUAGUAAUUGUAUUUCUGAGUAUUUUAUCACUGUAAAUAUGUAAAUAGUCUUAUUUCUGAUACUUGUAAACUUGUGUUUUUCAGUUCGUUUUUGAACUGCCAUUCAAGUAUUUUAAUAAUAAUCACAAUCACAAUCAUAUUCUUAUUUUGGCUAUAUGACAAGCCAAGUACGUGGCCAUGCAAGUUUCUGACAUGGACAUAUUUGUUUUUCCUAUGGAUAAUAUAAUCACUUAACACAAUUCUCUGUUUCUUAGACUGACUGUUUCACAGCAGAUUCGUAUACUUUUACAGCAAAUCAUUUUGACCGACUGUUUCACAGCACAUUCGUAUACUUUUACAGCAAAUCAUUUUGGAUGGAACAUGUGAGAAAUCCUUUUGACCUUUGUUACAUUGACCCAUUUAAAAGAUCACUAUUAAGCAAACUUUGACUGAGAGUUUUUUAAUGAUGCAUGUGUUACGAAUCAGUGCAGCGAACGAGUGUACUUAGCGAUCCUUCACAGAGAGGAAAUGAUUAACCGUACAAUAAGGUAACUUGUGACAUUUUCCUGUAAUAAUUUUUGAUACAUGUAAGAUAUGGGAGGACAUUUUGUUUAGUCACGAUAAUAACU